GUGAAGGGGGGGUGAAGAAGAGGGAUUCGGAAUGAGGGGAGGGGAGGAGCGAUCGACGGGGAUUCGGAAGAAGGGAAGCGGAGUGAGAUCAUGGCUUGUGGUGGAGGGCAGAGGAGAGAGCGAGGUGGUGGAGGCAGGGAAGCACGCAAUCAUGAGGCGGACGGGGCUCCCAGCCCGUGACCUGAGAAUAUUGGACCCACUCCUCUCCUACCCAUCCACCCUUCUGGGCCGAGAGAGGGCCAUCGUCAUAAACUUGGAGCACAUAAAGGCCAUCAUAACAGCCCACGAGGUCCUCCUCCUCAACUCCCGCGACCCCUCCGUUACCCCCUUCGUCCAGGAGCUCCAGGCCCGCAUCCUCCGCCACCACCAGGCCUCCACCUCCCCCAACCCCGACGCCAUCAAGAUUCUCCCCUUCGAGUUCGUUGCCCUCGAAGCUUGCCUUGAGGCCGCCUGCACCGUCUUGGAAAACGAGGCCAAGACGCUCGAGCAGGAGGCCCACCCCGCCUUGGAUAAGCUCACUUCCAAGAUCAGUACUCUCAAUCUCGAGCGUGUUCGUCAGAUUAAGAGCCGCUUAGUCGCCAUCACUGGUCGUGUUCAGAAGGUUAGGGAUGAAUUGGAGCACUUGCUCGAUGACGACGACGAUAUGGCUGAGAUGUACCUCACUCACAAAUUAUCUGAUCACGACUUCGAUACCUCUUCUGCUUCUGCCGAGGAAAAUCUUCUUCAGCCUCAGCCUGAUCCUGAUUUAGAUGACACCGACAGGACUGCUCCUGAAAUUUCCUUUGAUCAUAAUGCUCUCCACUCUGGAGACCCUAUGGAUGGCUUUGGCGCCUCUAACGUGCUUGGUAGGGACAGCCAUGGAACCCGCGGGAGCGCUACCUUCAGUGCCGUCACCAAGCAUCUUGAUGUCGAGGAGCUUGAGAUGCUCUUGGAGGCAUACUUUGUGCAGAUUGAUGGCACCUUGAACAAGCUCUCUACGCUGAGGGAGUACGUGGAUGACACAGAGGAUUAUAUCAACAUCAUGCUGGAUGACAAACAGAACCAUCUCCUCCAAAUGGGAGUUAUGUUGACCACAGCAACUCUGGUAGUGAGUGCCUUUGUUGUUGUGGCCGGUAUUUUUGGCAUGAAUAUUCAUAUUGAGCUAUUUGACCAAGAAAAAUCUGGGAUGCCAGAAUUCCUCUGGACUGUUGGCGGUAGCACUGCAGGGACCAUAUUCUUGUAUGUGGUUGCCAUUGCCUGGUGUAAGCACAAACGCUUGCUAGAGUAGCCAGGCAUCCAUUUGUGUUCCAUAAAGAAAUGUAAUGUAAUUUUAAAGUUGCUUUUUAUUCAUGUGCUAAAAAUUUUAGUGCAAGACCAUUACAGUAUCCGGCUGCUGCAUGUACUAAAUCCUUCAGCUUCAACUACGUUGUUCUUCUUGUACAUUAUUUCAUCGAUAGAAACGUUAGCUUUUGUAUACUUGGUUGCUUUGCAAUAACAGUUUUGUUAUUUGCACAAAAAAUUCUCCAAUAAUCAGACUUUUCAUCA